AGAUGGAGUAAUAUUGGCAUUUUCUUCAUAACUUGGAAUUUUUUUUCAUGAACAUUGAUGGUAAAGAUGUGUUAUGGUGGUGGUAGUGUGUGGUGUUCGGCAGUGUCGGCUUUUUGUGUGCGGAGUUCGUGUGUGUGUUUAUAUGUGAACUGUGCUAUCUACCCCCAAAAAACAUAUGAUGUCGAUAAUGCUGUGUUGCCGCUCUAUAAAAUUACACCUUCCACAACGGUGGAACAUAAAUAUUCGUGUGUAGUUGCCACAUUGUAAAGCAAGAAAAGAAAGUCAUAUUACCAUACACAACAUGUGUUUGUGAUUCCUAAUUUUUUGGCUUCCAUUCUCAAGGGACAUUGGUGGCUUUGUUGAUUUUUCUAAUUUGAGCAUUGGGUAUGUUCAGUCUGUGUUGAUGUUCGGUAAAUUGAGCCUGCUGUCAAUCAGAGAAGUAAACAAAGCAAACAAUCUCUCCUAUUGCAACAACGUGUUUUUCGACAGAGGUUUAUUUGCAGGAGUUUUUGCCUGGACGAAAAGUGUUAAAGAUAAACUAUGGACGGUCAAUAUGGUGGCAUACAAUGGAUACAACAUAGUUCCGUGCAUCAGAAACACUCCACUGGCCAUGUUGGUGGAGUCCGCGGUGUUGCAGGCGAUAUGAAAACUGCCGGCCAGUUGAUUAUUGAUCCACAGCCACCUUGUGACGAAGAACUAAUGGCUGGUGGCAAUACAUCGUCCGACUACAUAGCCACUGAAGAUGAUGAUGCAACAGAUAACAUUGACCAAAUUGCUGCCGAAAAUCUCAUAUUUAUGGCACGAGACGGACAAAUGGUUGCCGAAAUAAUCUCCACCAAUGGAACGGACAAGAAUGGUGCUGUAGUCGUGUCGGCCAGUGAUGGUGAACAAAUCGAUUGUGAUGCCAUUAUGCAGCAGGCAGCGUUGAUACAACAACAUGAAGAUACAGGAGGUGGCGGCGGCGGUGGUACAGGUGGAGGAGGAGGUGGGGAUAUUUACUAUACCGAUAGAUCACCCCAAAUGGUAACCGAAGAAGUCAUAACCGAUGAUUGGGUGCAGCAUCAAGGUGAAGAAAGGGUUGAAAUAUCGGCCGAACAGAUUAUUUCUAAUUCCCAAGUAUUAAUGGAUAUUGAAGUUCCCCUGCCCACAGUACAAGAUGAAUACUCUGCUCAGAGACCAUAUCCUUGUGAUUUUUGCAGUCGACGGUUUCGCAAGAAAGCCAGUCUUAUGAAUCACAUGGUGGCACAUCAAAAUGAUCGACCACAUUUGUGUAAACUGUGUGGUUCCAGAUUUUUGCGAAGGCAGGAUUUAAUAAAUCAUUUAAAAGCGCAUGCUGAAGAAGCUAUACCAGAACCACAAAUGGAUGAUAGUGAUUUUAUAAAUUUCGUUACCGAUACCACCUCAUCGUCACAGCGCACCUCCAAUGAUCAUUAUUAUGAGCAGGAUUGGAGUGUGCCUGAAGAUUCCGUUACAAUACCAAUAAAAUCUAGUCGUAAACAAUACCAACAACAGAAUCCACAGCAACAACAAACUACCUCCGAUCAAAUGAAUUCACAUCCACUAAUGGAUAAUAGCAAUUCAUUAACAUCGCCUACAAUCAUUACAACGGUAACAACAACAUCGACAACAGCACCACCUAGGGGACGUAUAAGUCGUCUCAAGCCAAAGGAAGACACAUAUGUUGUCGAUGUACCGCAUACUAGUAGCUCAAUUAAUUUAGCCACAACCUAUAGCAUUGUUCAAUGUGAUGAGUUACCAAAUUCUAGUAGUACAGCAAUAGAAUUUACUCAGGACACACCAGCACCCGCCUUGCAAAAUGUACAAAAGGAACAGUCGGAUCAGAAACCCAUCUUACAUUUUCCUGUUAUCGAUGAUAAUAAACCAUUUGUUUGCCAACAGUGUGGUUUAGCUUUUUCCAGAGAAAAAGCCAUGUUGGCUCAUACCAAGAGUCACCGCAAUGAUUCUCCAUUCGAAUGCCCCCAGUGCAAUGAGCUAUUUUGGGACCAAGCUAGCCUAUCGGAUCAUCAGAAGACUCAUCAAUUUGAGGAAAGUAAUUCUGAAUAUGAUCCAAAUGAAGGAGAAGAUGAAACCCAAAGUGAAUCCGAGUCCGAACAGCAAUUAUAUGGAGAAUUUUACUGCAGUGAAUGUGGAAUGUCUUUUCAUCGACAGGAUUUGCUCAGGAGACAUGCCAAAAGUCAUGCAAAGAACAACAAUCAAUCAAACGAAAAUGGUGCUGAUAUUGGUGGUGGUGGUAGAAGCAGCGGAGUUGGUGAUGGCAGUAAAGACCAGCACUGUUGCAAUACAUGUGGUGAGACAUUUGCUGAAGCCCUAGAUUUGUUGGCACAUGCUGAAAUUCAUGCUCGUUACCCGCCUUUUAAAUGCGUUUUAUGUGGUGAAUCGUUUUUCGAAGAACCCACUAUUAAGAAACACUUACAAUCUCAACACGCCAAUGAAAUGACGGAAAACUCGUGUAUUUUGUGUGGCAAAGAAUGUCGAGAUCGCAAAGCCUUAAUCAAACAUGCCUGGGAUCAUUCACGUGAAAAAUGUCAUUCAUGUUCGAAGUGUGGUAAAAAUUUCCAUAAUAAAGCCCGUCUUAAGCGUCACAUGGCAUCACAUCGUGACAAAUCGGUGCAAUGUGAUGUUUGCCAUGAAGAAUUUCCCGACGGCCGCACGCUGUCGAAUCAUCGUCACUCGCAUAGUACAACUUCAGCAGGCAAAUUGUUCCCCUGUCAUGAAUGCGGUAAAACAUUUGGUUCGCGAAGUUCUCAGCAAAUUCAUGUACGUAUACACACCGGGGAGAGACCAUACGGUUGUCGAUUUUGUUGGAAAGCCUUUGCUGAUGGUGGCACUUUAAGGAAACACGAGCGAAUACAUACUGGUGAAAAACCUUACGCCUGCUCAGUAUGUCCAAGGGCCUUUAAUCAACGUGUUGUUUUAAGGGAACACAUUCGAUCGCACCAUUCGGGCUUGGACACAAAACGUGGAACUUAUUAUUGUACAGUUUGUGGAGCAGACCUGUCUUCAUCGGGAGAUUUGAUUCAACAUCUUAUACAGCAUAGUGACAUGAAUACCGCAAUGCAAAGACAGCCUGUGACUGGUCCUCGAAAAUACAAACGACGGCGCAAGUUGAAACCCCAUGAAAUUGCCCGUCUGAAACGAGAAUCCAAACAAAAUGGCGAUAAUUGUAGUGACCUGGAUCUAUCUGAUUUCGAUAUGGACAAUGUUGACGAUUUGCUGGCAAUGACAGAGACCAAUACAUCCACAGAAAAUACAACCAGUAAUCAUGAACUUCCCACAACCACAAAAUCCAAACGACAAAAGAACAACACAUCCACCCAUAUGCUGGAAACUAACAAUAGUCGGCAUUUGGCAUCCAAAACCUCUGCGUCAAAGAAAAAAUCUCACAUUGAACUCGACCCAGAUCAUUUUGAUUUAGAUGUUGCAAUGGUCGAUGGCAGUGAAGGUAAUAAAAAGCCCAGAUUCAAUUCAACCAGCAGCGACAAAAUUUGGUCAACAAAAACAUCAAAUGACGAGACAUAUAAGUCACUGCUUUCCAAUUUGGAAACCACUUUACAAAGUAUUGAUAGUUUAGUGGUCGGACCCUCGACAAACAAUGCCGUUGACAUAGGCAUAACUACAGCAACACAACCUGCCAAACGAAAAUCCAAACAAAGUGAAUCAACUGCACAGAGAACACAACAAGUGCAAAUAACCAGGAAUGAUAAGAUUGCCAACUCCACGACGGGAAGUAACAACAGCAACCAAAACUCCACCAGCACGACGAGUAAAGGUCGUAAAAGCAAGACAGAAAAAUCCAGCGCCAGCAAACAUAGUAAAGGACCCCAAAUGAUACGCACCGAAAAAUGUACUGUAUCGUCUGUUGAGGGUGGCAAAAAGAAAUCAAAAUCAGUGGUCACUCGCACCCAAACCACCAGUGUAGAUAUUCUUCCCAAAUCCGUUGGCAUAGUCGAUGAUUAUGACAUUAUUUCACCAGCCUUACAUCCACCUAAACAAAUCAGUUGUAGUCCUUUGCACAUAAAACAGGAGAAUGACAAUCCACCCCUAAUGCGAAUCCAACAUGUAAUGUCAUCCACUUCAUCAUCCUCAAAUGUUCAUCAUAGAACUCAAUCAAAUACCCGCCAUAAUAAUGAUCUGUACGAUGCACAUCUGUUACUAGAAGCCUCGGGAUUACGCAAUGAUCUUGAUGAGAUCUUGAGAUCACCGCUGAAAUCAGAUAAACUGGGUGGAUCCCGUCAACGCUUUACAAGUGAGUCAUCGACACAGUUCUUGACUGAACAAUCAGAGGAAGAACAACACUUGAUCAAAAUUGAACCUACCUCACCGGAUUUGAGGGAAAUUGUCAACGGUGUUAGUUCGGUUAACACCUCUGAAGCCGUGAGUUCAGCUGGCAUGGAACUGAAUGUGGUUGAUACUUCACACAGCUCGCGUAGAAUUUCUAAAUCGUCCAGAUCUCAACGGAAUGUAAAUUCAAAUAGAAAAUAUUUUGAAUUUGCCAAUGACCAACUAAGUAACAUGAAGACUGCCAUCAACAGCAAUUCUCACAAACGAUCAUCUAACAGUCAUUUGAGUGGAGUUACACAGAUCAAAUCUUCGAAAUCUGCCCGCACAGAACCUGCAAAGCCUACAAAAUCUUUAACAAAUUCAACAUCAUUUCUAGACUACAGCAUGGUGGAUAGUUUCAGCACGGUCUCAAGUUCAUCACCGCAUAGUCACCAUCAUCACCAUGUGAAUUCGUUUUCUUCCAUUUCGUCAGUGGUAUCGGCUGCUGAUGCCAAUAAUGCAGCAGCCGCCCAGGCAAAUCCUUCACCUGCCCGUAAACCCCAACGAUAUUUUGAGUGUGAAAUGUGUUCAGCUGUAUUCUCUGAUCGUGCCCAACUGCUGGAUCAUGUACCCAUACACAUUUAAAAACAAUCUAUGUAUGCUGCUGCCGCCUACUACUUAUGAAAGAAUACCACAGUGCCAAUAGUUGUUUAUAUGGUUAGGUUUUUUUCUACGAAUUAGAAACAAUUUUAUGAAAUUUAUGGUUUCUUUGGAUCGUUACAGCCACACCAAUUGCGUGAAAAAGUUUGUUUCUUUUGUAGAAUUUUAUUUAGGUAUUUAAAAUUAAUCUUAGUAAAAUACGUUAUUUCUUUAUUUUGCUCA